AUGUCUAGGAGAAUCGAAGAAAAACACUCCAGGAUCCUGACAGGACUCUUGAAGUUGCCAGAUAACAAGAAAUGCUUCGACUGCCCGUCUAAGGUCAAUGUCUAUGCCAACUUGUUCAACAACACCUUCAUCUGCGAAAAGUGCUCCGGAUUGCUCCGCGAGUUGAACCAUAGGGUCAAAUCGAUUUCUGCAUCAACUUUCACCUCCGAGGAAAUGGCUGGUCUCCAGAAAGGAGGCAAUGCGGUCGCCAAGAAGAUCUGGCUGGCAACAUGGUCCUGGCGAGAGUAUCCAGAGCCAGACGCCCACGAGGUUGAUGAUGUCCGACAAUUUAUGAGAGCCAAAUAUGUCAAGAAAUUAUGGUACCAGGAUCCGAAUGGCGGCUCUCCUGCUGCAGCCGCUGUUACUUCCGCUAUCCCCUCCCCUACGAGCCCUACCAUCGGCAAUGGAUCCAAUAGUGGCCUUGCUGUUCCAGAGCGGGUCCGCGCCAUUUCAAAGAGCCAGAUUAUUGACGUCAAUAACCACAUUACAUCGCCUAGUACACCAUCUGCAGCGACUCCUGAACGAACCCUCAGCAGAAAGUCAUCGACACUGAGCUCAGACAGCGGAUCAACCACAUUUUCAAAGUCAACAGACCCUUCCAGCGCAGGAUCUAGUCCAUUCCACCCGGCAGGAGCUCCCAAGAGUGCUCAGCCAUCUCCAUCUCAGUUCCUGGCCCAGCAGCAGCAGCAACAGCAGCAACAACAGCAGCAACAACAGCAGCAACAACAGCAGCAGCAACAGUGGAGACAAGGAUCCUUUGACAACGCGAUGGGACUCACAUCCAACAACCACAGCAACAACUAUAGUCAGCCGGCUCUUGGAGGGCAGAACUUUGUCGCCACACCUGCCGCAACGGAAACGUCCGACCCCUUUUCAUUGAUGACGAACGCAUUCGGCAACAUGGGUAUGAACACGUCGCGCCCCGCCGGUAUCAACAGCAACGACGCUUUUAGCACUCAACUGAACGGAGGAUAUGCUGGACAAUCUGCGUUCUCACAGGCGCAGGCGCCUCCAUCCCAAGCCCACUCGUCCAACGACUUUUUCUCUGCGUUUUCUCAGCCAUCUCCAUCUGCUACUCUCCAGGGUACCACCAACAGCGACCCCUUUUCGUUGGCAUCAUCUGGACAGUCUCAGGACCACCAAUCUCAAUACAAGCAGCACCAACCCUACGUGAACCAAGGCGCAUUCCAAGGACUGGACUUUGGCGGUGGUGCUUCUUCAUCAGUUGAAAUCGCAGCGGGAGCAGGAGCAGGAGCAGGAAUAGGAAUGAUGGGCGGAGCCAAGUCGUUUGACGAUUACCUCUCUGUUCUCGGUCAGGGUCAGCAGCAACAACAGCCUUACUCACAGGCACCAGCCAGCUCAAAUGGAUCCAUCUUUAAUUCGCCUUCCUCUGCUUUCUCCGUCGCUGCAUCCUCCACAACGACCUUGUCUCCCCAGUCCACCGGAUCCGCCAAUCCCUUUGGACUUCAACAGCAACAAUCACCCCAGCAACUUCAGAGAGCCUUCACGGUUGAUCACAUCUCUACGACCACCGGAUACAGCGGAAACGGUGCUGUCAGUGCAGGCCCUGCAUCAUCUGGACAGCAGAGCAACCCAUUCGCCAUGUUUGCAAAGCAUAACCAGCCUCAACCCUCGUUUUCAGAUCCUUUUGGCAACAUGACGGUCCCUCAACAUUACCAGCAACAACAACAACAACAACAGCAACAACAACAGCAGCAGCAACAGCAGCAGCAAGUGGAUUACUUUUCAACUUCUGGACUCAGCUCGUCUGGAACAAGGUCUCCCAACCCCUUCGCUAUGGCCUCUGGUGGACAACAACACGCGCAGUCUGCAGCACCAGUUUCGCCCUUUGGUCAGCCUCAACAACAGUUUAACCAGUACCAGCAGCAGCAACAACAGACUGCGUUCAUGCGGUCUGCAUCAGAGUCAUCAUACAACUUUCAGAGCGCCUUCAAUGGUAGCACCGCAGGGCCUUCCUCGUCAUCCAUUUACGAAUCCGCAUUCUCCAUGCCUGGCGCACCCAAUCGGUCAAUGACUGUCCCCGCAACGAUUAGUAAUUCAGGAGCAGGAGGAGCAGGAGGAGCAGGAAACAUGAACGAUAUGUUUGGGCAAUGGAUGAAGCCAUCGCCUGCGGCCGCGACGUCAAAAUACCCCUCCAUCGACGAUCUCGACCCCUUCUCUGCUACCCUGUCAUCUUCUUCUUCAGGUGCUGUGCCCGUCUCAGGCAAUUCCACCUCUGCUUAUUCCAACCCUUUCUCUUUGAACAUGUAG